CCUUCUCCUCUUUCUAGAGAUGCUCACCACCAGGUGCGCCGCGAAGCUUCUGCUUCUCAGACCUGCGAUCAACCCAGAAGGAUGGGGAUGCCGGGGUCUAUGGGAAGCUGUCGCGGGGCGCAUGCUCCUACUCCCCGAGGGUCUCCGCCCGGGCCCGCCGCCCCCUCCCUGUCCGGCCGCGCCGCUGCGCACACCAGGACGGCCACCUGCAGCCUCGGCCUGCGCUGCCGACGGCCCGGGUGGCGGCCACGGGACCCCGACGACGGGCUCCGCGGGUCCGGUCCGCCGUCCCCCUCACCUGCUCCGCUCUUCCUCCUCCUGCUGCUUUCCGCGCCGCCCGGGCCCGCGUGCUCUGCGCCACCAGGAGCUGCGCCACCAGGAACAGGUGCCUCCGUUAGGGAUGGCGGGCUGGAGAGAGUGAGCGAGGGCAGGUCCGAGACCCAGCGAGGGGUGUGA